CGAAACGCAAGUGGGUCGAAAGGCGAAACGCAAAAAGAGUUCCUACGCCGCUGGAUUCUCCCGUUUGCUUUCACCGUCGUCGUUCUCAUUUAAGACCUCUCUGUAAAAGGAAGAGAUUUGAGAGGAAAGAUAAGAGGGGAGGCUGUAAGGGAUGAAGAGGCGCGGUUUAACACCGAGCGUUCUCACCGUCUUUCGGCAGUGGCUAACCUGUGCCAUCGCGUUAAUCUGCCUAGGCUCGCUUUUUGCCGUACAUGUGUUCCCGUCGUCGAGGGUGCCCGUCUUUCCUGAUGCAUUCAAGCUCUACAAGGUUGCGACAUGGGCUCCGGAGAACGGAUUUCGGAGUUGGAAGAGUGAGCUGAGGUGGGUACAGGAGCAGUCGCCGCCGCAGCUCUCAAAGGUGCCGUCUUCACCUAUGAUGAUUAAAAAGGUGGACAAUUUGAAUGAAAUUUCGGAUUUUAAGCAGCUAUGGCAAGCACCAUCAAGCCGUGAUUUUGUGCAGUGUGUCUCACCUAACCCAUCCUAUUCAUCUCCCGGGGAGUCAAGGGGCUACCUUGUUGUUUACACCAAUGGUGGAUUAAACCAAAUGCGUGCAGGGAUAUGUGACAUGGUUGCUGUUGCACGAAUCAUAAAUGCUACACUUGUUAUCCCUAAACUUGAUAAAAGAUCAUUUUGGCAAGAUUCAAGUAAAUUUUCAGAUGUAUUUGAUGAGGACCAUUUUAUCAGUGCUUUGGCAAAUGACGUUCGAAUUGUGAAGAAAUUGCCAAAAGAAUUGAAAGCAGAAACCAAAGCGUUUAAGCAUUUCAUAAGUUGGUCUGGGAUGGACUACUACCAAGACGAGAUAUCUCAUCUUUGGGAUGAUUAUAAGGUUAUCCAAGCGGCUAAGUCAGAUUCUCGUCUUGCGAAUAACAAAUUGCCUCUUGACAUUCAAAGACUCCGUUGUCGUGCUUUCUAUGGCGCUCUUCGAUUUGCUCCUCAUAUUGAAUCUCUUGGGAAGUUAUUGGUUGAGAGGAUGAGAUCACAUGGUCUAUAUAUUGCUUUACACUUGCGUUAUGAGAAGGACAUGCUGGCCUUUACUGGGUGCACAUAUGGAUUGUCGACUAUUGAAGCUAACGAAUUGACUUCGAUGCGAGAAAACACAUCAUAUUGGAAGGUGAAGGAUAUUGACUCGAAAGAGCAAAGGAGCAAAGGUUAUUGCCCAUUAACUCCAAAGGAGGUUGGGAUGUUUCUUUCUGCAUUGGGAUAUCCAUCAAACACUCCCAUCUAUAUUGCUUCAGGAGAAAUAUAUGGUGGUGAUUCUCAAAUGGCUGAACUGAAGUCCCGCUUUCCUUUAUUGAUGAGUAAGGAAACAAUAGCAUCGGUUUCUGAGUUGGAACCUUUCGUUCAUCACGCAUCACAAAUGGCUGCCUUAGACUACAUUGUGUCAGUAGAGAGUGAUGUUUUUGUUCCAUCAUAUUCAGGGAAUAUGGCGCGGACCGUGGCUGGUCAUCGCCGAUUCCUGGGCCACAGGAAAACAAUAUCCCCUGACAGGAAAGCACUUGUCCAGUUGUUUGAUAAGGUCAAGGAGGGCAAACUUGUGGAAGGCAAGAGAUUCUCUGACAUGGUUAUGGAAAUACAUAGAAGAAGGCAGGGUUCUCCUAGGAAGAGGAAAGGACCCAUAUCAGGAACAAAGGGUAAGGAGAGAUUUAGAUCAGAAGAGGCAUUCUAUGAAAAUCCUAUACCAGAUUGUUUAUGCAGAAUAGGAAGCUUAGGUGCGACGAACUCGGUUGUUACCAUGUAGAUAUACAAACACGAAUAGGUCGUUUUUGGUGGAAGAUACAACAACAACAUCAAGCCUUUAUCCCACAAUGCGGGGGUGGAAGAUAGAGUUGCAAAAAAGAGUACGUUGGACUUAAAAACUAUUGAAUUUAUUAUGAGAUUAGUUCAAUAUAAAAUUAUAAAUUCAAUAGUUAUUAAGUCCAUUCUGACACAAUUUGUAUUGAAAUAUCCUCACAUAAAAUUUUUCCUAUAAGAGUGAGCUUCAAGAUCUCUUGUUCUUUUUGUUGGAUUAUAUUAGAAGCGAGAUGCCGUUGUAUAUUGUUGAGUGCGGUAGCUUGUAGAUGAAAAGGUAUUAUAGAUGAAUAAUGAUGGGAUCACAUGUAUUCCUUCUGUAAGUUUUUUGAAUGCAGUGAUAUGGAAUAAAAUAAGAAUACAAUUAGUGAAA